ACGAACAAUUAUCAUCAACCCAUCAAAGCCUGAAAAUCAAUAUCCUCCUCCUUUCGCUCCGCCUACUUCUAACCUUAAUCUUGGGAUUUUUCAAAUCCCAAACGCGUUCGUUAACUCGUUUUUCUCUGGGGAAAUUGUAAAUGUAAAUACUAAGAAAACCCAUCUUCCUCAUUUCUCACUCAAUUCCCAAAACCCCGAGACAUGAAAUCCUCUGCUCUUUUACCAGAGAAACUCCAUGGCUACAAUUACAAGAAAGAGAGAUGGAUAAACCUGGGAAAAUUAGCACCUGUGCUCUUCCCUUUUCUCGUCGUUUCUUUCAUUUUCAGCUUCUUCAUCCUCUGUCCUCCGUACCCUUUUCCCAAGUCCAUGCCCAAAGGCGUUUUCUAUCAUAAACAUCUCUUCAUCAAACCCCAACGACAAUCGCCGGACGGUGAUCAUUUAAAUUCGCUGAUCAAACCGUUGUCAGAAAACGAAAAGCUGAUUACACCACCAAAGGAUGCUGAGAAUUUGAUCAAGCCAAAACCACUGCAACAGAUUUUGAAUAACCCAAUAAAGGGAAAUGAAAAUUGGAGCAAACCAUUACCAGAGAAGAAAAAGAGUUGGAGUACAUCAGAAAUCAAGAAUUUGAAGAAACCAGCAUUAGAGGAUGACGGUGAUGAGAAAUGUGACUUGUUUAAGGGUCAUUGGGUUCCAGACGCUAAUGGGUCUGUAUAUACAAAUUCAAGCUGCAUAACAAUUCCAAGCUCAAAGAAUUGUUUUAUGCAGGGAAGACCAGACAGUGGCUUUCUGAAUUGGAGAUGGAAACCAGAUGAUUGUGAAUUACCCAGGUUCAAUCCUAAAUCCUUUCUUGAAUCAGUCCGAGCCAAAAAAAUGACAUUUAUCGGUGACUCAGUGGCCAGGAACCACAUGGAAUCUCUUCUCUGUCUCUUGUCAAAGGAGGAAACUCCAAAAGAUGUUCACAAGGACUCUGAAGAUCGGAAUCGGGUAUGGUAUUUCCCUAACCAUAACUUCACACUCUCAACCAUCUGGACUAAAUUCCUUGUGGACGGAGAGGAGAGAAUGAUCAAUGGUUCAGGGGCUGGAAUUUUUGAUCUCUACCUUGACAAAUUAGAUAUCAAUUGGUUCCAUGAUCUCCCCACUGUGGACAUUGCCAUCAUCUCAGCCGGUCAUUGGUUUUUCAGACCAAUUAUCCUGCACGAGAGCAGCAAAAUAUAUGGCUGUAUAUACUGUGAUGAACCAAAUGUUAGUAACCUGGAUGUUAGUGUUGUCAUCAAGAGUGUGUUUGAGGCAGUGUUUAGGCAGAUCAAUAAGUGUAACCAGUGCAAGCAAGGGCUCGUGACAUUGUUGAGGACAUUCUCGCCGUCACAUUUUGAGAACGGGAUGUGGAACACCGGUGGGGGAUGCAGAAGAAACGAACCUUUUAGUGAGAAGGAUAUUAAUGUGGAGAGUCAUGAUAUGUUGAUGAGGAAAUCUCAGGUUGAAGCCAUUCAGCAGGCGAAAGAGGAAGGGAAAAAGAGUGGGAAGAACUUCGGAGUUUUGGAUAUCACAAGGGCAAUGCUGAUGAGACCUGAUGGUCACCCACAUGCUUACUGGGGUAACAAAUGGAUGAAAGGUUAUAAUGACUGUGUCCACUGGUGCUUACCAGGGCCAAUAGAUGUGUGGGGUGAUUUCUUGAUGGCAGUUCUAAGGAGGCUUAGUUUAGUUUCCUAACCAAGAGGUUAGAGUUAGAGGUCAGAGAAAUUUUUUGCAGUACAUAGCUCUGUAGUUAUCAAUAAUCUCCUCAAAUUAUUAUUUAUUAUUAUUACUGUUAUUUAAUAAUACAAAUCAAGAAAUGUUCCCAUA